GACACUACAAAAACUGGUUGAACAUUUUAGUUCGAUGCUAAGUAGAACUUCAUAAUCGCAAACAUUAAUAUAGUCUGCAACUAAAUUUGGUGUUUAAGACUUUCGAUUGUGAUAUUAUUUGGAGAAUUUAGGUUUUUUGUUUUUAGGAAAGAGUCAGAGUGCUAUGCUUUAAGCAUUAUUGUCAUUCGCUCACGUGGAAGCUACAUUAUCGCUCACAAUGAAUGGACCUGAUAUCAUAUUUUUUCUAGUUAUGCUAUUUCAGCUAGUGAUAUGUCCUUAUAAUAAAGUAGAAGAAUCAUUUAAUACGCAAGCGUCUCAUGAUAUAAUAUUUUAUGGCCCAAAUAUAGGAAUGUAUGAUCACUUAGAAUUUCCUGGAGUUGUACCGCGUUCUUUUAUAGGACCGCUAUUUUUAGCAACAAUGUCAUCUCCAUUUGUAGCUCUAUUUAAAGCAAUUGGUUUAAGUAAAUUUGCCAGUCAAUUGCUAAUUAGAUUAGUUCUUGGUUUAACUGUUUGGCAUGCUUUUAAAAGAUAUCAGGCAGCAAUUGGUCAAAGAUAUGGUCAAAAUAUUACAAAAUGGUUAACUAUUAUAAGUUGUACUCAAUUUCAUUUUAUAUUCUAUAUGACAAGAACAUUACCGAAUACAUUUGCAUUAGUCUUAUGUUUACAUGCUCUAGCAUUUGUAAUUAAACGAAAUCAUCUAUCUUUCAUUUUUUCUGCUGCCUGCGGAAUUAUCAUCUUUAGAUCAGAAUUGGCUAUAAUGAUGGGUUGCUAUUUAAUAUCAGAAUUAAUGACUAAAUUGAGAGUUGUUGAUGCAAUAAAAUAUUCAAUACCAGCAGGUUUUCUAUGGAUAUUUUUUACAGUUUUUAUUGAUUCAUAUUUCUGGAGAAGAUGGGUUUGGCCGGAAGCUGAGGUAUUCUAUUUUAAUACGUUCCUAAACAAAAGUUCAGGAUGGGGGACAUCGCCAUUUUUCUGGUAUUUUUAUUCAGCAAUACCAAGAGCCUUGGCUACUUCUUUAUUUUUUAUUCCAUUUGGGUUUUAUAUGGAAUCUGGAAUCCGACAAUUAUUCCUUCCGGCAAUCGUAUAUGUCGGAUUUUACUCUUUCUUACCACACAAAGAAUUAAGAUUUAUAAUUUACAUAUUCCCAAUCUUCAAUACUGUCGCAGCGGUUGCUUGCGCAAGAUUGUAAACAAUUUAACAUUUUAUAACUAUAUAUACUAUAUAUAUAUAUAUAUAUAAUGUAUGCAACCCCAUUAAAAAUUAUUCAUUUUUUUUCCAGUUGGCGUUCAAUGAAUCAGUCGUUAUUUAAAAAAAUCCUUGCAAUAUGGGUUAUAGCGCAUUUGGCGUUAAAUAUUCUUUUCUCUGGUCUAUUGUUAUAUUUAGCAAAUAUAAACUAUCCUGGUGGACAAGCUAUGCAAAUUCUACAUAAAAUCGAACCUAGAUCUUCCCCUGUAUACGUUCAUAUAGAUACUUUAUCAGCGGAAACAGGUGUUUCCAGAUUUACGGAAUUGUUUGAUAAUUGGAGCUAUAGUAAAAAAGAAGGUAUUGCUCCUAAUUCUGAAGAAAUGCUUGGAUUCACACAUAUUUUAACCGAACCAGGCGUAAAUAAUGAAAAACUUAGAAUGUAUAAUCAAACUCAUUCAGUUAUGAGUAUUAUUCAAGGACAUCCCCAAUUAAAGCUAGACUUAAACGCCUUUCCAUGGAUUCCUAUACGAAUAUUAACAAAACCUGCAAUAUAUAUUUUAAAGAGGAACGGUUAAAAUUUAAAUUAUUAUUUCUCUGGAAGAAAAACAAACAAACAAACGAAAAAAAUAAACAAAAUAAAACAACUAAGUCAAUGAGUGAAACAGUCAAAUAUUGAUUUUUUUUCUUUUCUUUUCUUAUACCAAUACUAUAUCAUCCGUUUAAGAAAGAAUUCAUUUAUUUUAAUAAAAAUAUGAAUCAAAUAUAAUAAAUAAACAAACAAACAUAAGAAAGGUAAUAAAUAUAUAAAAAUGAAUGUUAUACGUAAGCUUUGGUUUAAUUGUUAAUCAGUUUGUUACAAAUGCUAACUGUCCUAUAUACAGUAUAUGAUGAAGUAAUCAAUGGUAAAAGGGAAUAGCGUAUAAUAUACGUAAUUCAUUUUUUCUACAGAAUAGUUAAGUAAAGGUAUUAAAAUUGACAAUAUUAUGCGUAUAUUGUUUUUAUAAACUUGACAUAAAAAAUCAUAUUAUAGUAUGACAGUUAAUGAAUGAAUAUAUAUAAGAAACCAUCAACACUGAUGAAUAAAUAAUGAAAGUAUAAAAGAUAGUGAAAAGGUUAUGAAUUUGAAUUUUAAGCAUUUCAUAAAGUAUGAAUAUAAUACUUUAAAUAAAUUUCUAUUCCUAUCAUCUCUACACUCUUAUUAGAUUAAUUCAAGAAUGAAUGAAUGAUUCUAUAGUAUCUCUGUCCAGCAGAAUGAAGAACUAUUGAUUACAUUUUAUAAGAAAAUAUACUAUUUAUAUAAGGUGUUUAUAUUUAGCCAUUUGAAUUUUACACUAAAGAAUCAUAAAGGGUUAUUUGUAACUUUUGUUUCAUCUAUAAUUCAUUAUCUAUGAUAUACAAAAGAACUUGUAAAUGUAUUUUAUAUGUAU